AUUAAUUUAUCAUCUUUUAUUUAUUAGUUUUGGUGAUUUAUGUGAUAAUAUCAAAUCACUUAUUCUGCCCACUUAUGUCGCUGGUUUCAUAACAUCUUUUAUCUCACUAGAAUAUUUAUUAUUUUUACAAUUUCUACACAUUGAAAAUUUUAACGCCAACUAUUGGAAUUAUUUUUCCUCUUUCAAUUUAUUAUCGGAUUUUUCAUUUUUGGAGAAAAUUUUUAGAUUUCCAGUAAUUACCAAUGAGAGACUCGUAUACGGAUAAUUAUUACCACAAUUUCAGCUGUAAAAAUAUAGAGAACCGUUUCUUGAGAAAUGGUUAUACCUUUAACGGAAGACCAAAACGUCCCAUUUCACGCAUUACAUCGUAUAUUAAUUCGUAUUCCUCAGACUCUGACGAGUCUUUUAAAGAUGAUUUAGCUGAUAUUACAAGUAACUAUCACUCCUCACCUCAAACGCAAUCUUCCAUCAACUGCACUCCAAUACCCGUACAAAUUAUUCAAUCCCCCAAUGAUAAGGUUGACACUGGUACUAAAGUGGAUAACUCAAAUGAUGCCGAAUAUACGGAAAAGCCAUUAGGAGAUCAAAUUUUAACACCACGGCCUAGCAGGUACCGCAGAAUACAAAAAGUAAAAUCUGUUAAAAGAGAACCUCCCAUCCGAGAAAUAAGUUAUGCUGAGCUCAGUACGCCUGAUGUUACAAAGAAACAAGUGAAAGAUUCAAAGUACAAUUACUCGGAUCAGAACAUUGACAGUAGUUAUACGUCAUAUGUUGACAGUUUGUUUGGAGUUGAGCCUUACAAAUAUGUCCACGAGCAUCAACCCCUGAAGUUAUUCUGGCUUGAAAACUCUGAAGUCAGUGGCCUCAUGAGGAUACCCUCACUCACCUCACUCAGUAAUGAGUUUUCCAACUCCGAAAAACUCUACAUGGUCUUCACCGAUUACACCAUCGACAUCAUUCAAGACGUUUCCUGUUUGAAGAUGAUAAAGGCAAGGGAUGGUUAUACACCGUUUGUGGUUAUAUAUUCAUAUAACCUCAAGAGUAUGUACUUUAAGGUGGUGAAACGGACAAUGUCCGAGGUUAGUAUGGUCUCGUUUAAUAAGAAUUCCACUGACCUAGACGAUUGUCUCUCAUUUGACUGUGCAAACUCUCAAAUCUCAUCAUCUGAUGAACAAGAUUCUAAUUAUGAGUUUUACAGAAGUUAUCUCUAUGGCAAAGAUGAUGGAACAGACCCUAACCGUGUCCGAGUACUCGUACAUCCCUCCAACAAAACACAUUUCGACCUACGAUAUCUCUCCGUUAAUCCCAAUAGUCAUAGAGAGGAAAUGGUGGAUAAUAAGUCAAUGGUGAAGAAAGAGAAUGUUGAGGUAAAGGAUGAGGAAAGUGAUUUGGAGUCAUCAAAUUCAGAUUCUCCAUUUUCAAACACGUUUCAAAAUGGAACACAGUUUAACUUACCAGAUGACUUGUUUGAUGAGUGUAAGUUACUGGUUGGAGUUGACGUCUCCAACAAGGGUUCAAGUUGCCCAGAUUCCGUGGCUAAUUACAGGUCAGAAUCUGUAAUCAAGAAAAAUUACACAGUAUACAUUCCGGAAAACACACUACCCUUGGACCAAAUAGAUGACAUGACCAAUGGCAAUCUCUCUAAUACGGGAGAUGAAUUAGGUAAAGGGGAUGAACAAUUGUCUAAAGAGUUUUUAUUGAAUUUGGUGAAGGUGAGAGAUGAAGGGAAUGUGUUGUAUAGAUCUGGUGACAUGGUACUGACAGAGGGACAAGUAUUAAAAAUUGAGUUCCCCACUAUAUAUACAAAGCAUUUCGAAUAUGAUUACGUAACUCUUUACUCUGAUAAUACUCUGAAAUCCUGUUUCAACUUCAUUAAAUCACUGUUACCGGAGGAUUGUCUUAAUAUUAAUAUUAACAAGUUGGCCCAGUUUUGUCCGAAUAUUUUCUGGAAUUUGGCUCUUGCAGGUGAUAUUGAGACUUCAAUCAUCGAGCUAGACCCUGAGAUGGUCAAGUCGCUCUACAGACGCAAGAGAACAGUCACUGUAGAUAGUGAGUUUAGAAAUGGAAAGACUAAAAUCACACCUAACUCACUCAGUUAUCUGGAUAAUAAUUUUAUUAUUAUGCAAAAUCUAUUCCAACGAGACGCUGAGGAGAAGAUUAAGAAAUUACUGGAAAUUGAACGACAGAAUGGCGGGAAAAUGACCAGAAUUGUCAUCAAUAAACAUGCCGAAGAUGAUGACCUCAUCAAAUUACUCAUUGAUGAUAAUGGAUUCACCAGGAAGAGUAUGCAAGUAUUGACUGAGAAGCAGAAGAAUAUGGUAUAUAAUGAGUGUAUGAAGAGGAAUUUCUAUGUGCCAGUACACAUCAAAUUUAACCCCCAAAAAGGCCGAGGCGUUUACGCCGCAUACAAAAUACACAAAGAUGAUUUCCUCAUGGAGUAUAAAGGAGAGUUGAUAACGGAGAAAGUGGCGAAUUUUCGAAAUAACAAGUACAAUAAAUCCAAAAAAUACAAAGGAUCUUUUAUAUUCUUUUUUAAGCAUAAUGGCACGAGGUAUGGAAUUGAUGCUACUGAGGAGGAUAUAAGCUUUGGUCCUGCUAGACUAGUAAACCAUUCAAGGAAAAACGCAAACAUCGUGCCGAAAACUCUGUUAAGUAAUAAUUACCCCCGACUCAUAUUCAUUGCCAAACGUGACAUCGAAUGUGGUGAGGAGUUACUGGUGGAUUACGGAGAACGAGACCCAAGCGUUAUUAAAGAUAAUCCAUGGCUACUGGAUUAAUA